AGUGUGGAGAGAUAUUGCAGUGGGGUCCACAAGAACGCACUUUUUCCUCUUCUCUUCCCUCGGAGCCCUGUCUGAGUCUCAGAGAAUCCCUAACUCCGCUGUUCCGUUUCCCGUACUUUUCCUUCCUCUCUUCGUUCGUUGCCAAUCUUUUUCUUCACGUCAACUUCUUCUUCUUCUUCUUCUUCUUCUUCUUCACUUUCUUCAUCUGGGUUCCCACUAGAUUUUGCUCCCAGAUUCGAUUCAGAUCAUGCCUUCUCUUCUCUCUCUACUCGCAAAUUAAGAUAACAAACAAAUUGGGAUUAGGAUGAAGAGAGGGAGCGAGGAUGAUAAGGUGGUGGGGCCCAUGUUCCCAAGGCUUCAUGUAAACGAUGCAGAGAAAGGAGGGCCAAGAGCACCGCCAAGGAAUAAGAUGGCCCUCUAUGAACAGUUCAGUAUCCCCUCUCAAAGGUUCAAUCCACGCCUUCUGCCUCUUAAUCCAAAUCCUUCUUCUAACAAAGUUUCUUCAUCAACUCCCUCAACCCAGGGGAAUGGCCACGAGAGAAGUCAUGUCUAUCCAGUUUGUUUGCCUUCACAAACACCUUCUCAUCGAGCUGAAAGUUAUAUUUCUCGCCAAUCUGAUGGGGCAAGGUCGAACACUUCAUCAGUGCAACUUGAACAGAGAAAAAAUGUAGAUGAAGAUGACAUUCAUGCAUACAUUCGUUCAAGGGUUGGUCAACCUAGUGAUAAAACACUGGAGAGUUACAAGGGGAAAAAAUUCACUACUUUGGGUUCUAGGAAUGUUUGUUUUUCAGUUGCAGUGCAAAAUGAUGGUGACAAGGAUCUAACACAAUUUGGCUGCGUUCCUGUUGAUAUGAGAAAAGAUGUGAGGAGUGGGAAUGAGGUGCAUCCACAAGUAAGCUCAAGUAGACAGCAACGAAAAAUUACUGUCAGAAACAAAUCCAGUGGAGAAAUUAUUUACAGUCCAGUGAUGCAAGUCAAGGUGAUUCCAAAUCAAGAGGAUCAAGAUUAUUCUGUGCCAAAUAUAAGCAGGUUACAUCAGGAUAAUGCUCCCCCACAGCAAAAGUGUGUGGCUGGGUCUCAAUCCAAUGACAUUGAACAUUGUGAUGUUCUCCUUAACUCUACAAGGGAAAGGGAUGUGGAUAAUGGAAAUGCCCUUGUACCAAAAGGUUGUUUUCAUUCUGCAGUGAACCAAACCCGUCUACUUGAGGCUACCAUCGACGCUGAAUAUCAUGAUGCUGGGACUGGAGGCCCAAUACAGAAGGGAAAUUUUGAUGAAAGUGGUGACGUUUCCAAGAUCUCCACUGUAACAAAUUUAUCAAGUCUGAUAGUUUCCCCUGAUGAUGUUGUAGGGAUAAUAGGUCAAAAGCAUUUCUGGAAAGCAAGACGACAAAUUGCCAAUCAACAGAGAGUGUUUGCAGUCCAAGUGUUUGAACUGCACAGACUGAUUAAGGUCCAACAGUUGAUUGCUGCAUCACCAGAUGUUUUGCUAGAAGAUGGUGCUUUUGUUGAGAAUUUUCCUGUGCCAGGAUCUACUCCUAAAAAUCUGUCAUUGGAAGUGAUUGUUGAACCCCAGCAACAAAAUCAUAAGAGGAAAAACGAUUCUGAAAAGCCUAACCAUAAAACAGAAUGUUCUGCUGAGAAUGCAGUUAGUAGAAAAACGUCUUUUUCAUCCCCGAAAAAUGGUAGCCACCUUACAAAUCACACCCCCUUUUCAGGAACUCCACACCAGGCAAAUGUAACUUCUGAUAAUAGAACAAGUCCCUGGUGUUUCAAUCAGUCACCUGGACAUCAGUGGUUAAUUCCUAUCAUGUCACCUUCUGAAGGGCUUGUGUACAAGCCGUAUCCCGGCCCAGAAUUUACAGGUACAAUGCAUGGAGGAUGUAGCGUGCCAUUCGGGCAAGCACCUAUUGGCACUACUUUCAUGAAUCCUGCCUAUCAAUUCCCAGCUUCUCAUCAGGUAGUUGGGGUUUCACCGUUCGUGCCUCCGGCCAGUCACGCCUACUUCCCUCCCUAUGGCAUGCCAGUAAUGAAUCAAGCAGCAUCAGGGUCAGCUGUUGAACCGGUGAACCAAUUUGCUGCACAAGGUUCUCACGGUCAAAAUGGUCAUUCAUCAGUAGAGGGAGCCAAUUUCAACACACAUCCUAACCAAAGCUCAUCCAACUUGCCAGUUCAGAGGAAUGGAGCUACUUUACAUGUCAAGAAAUCUCAGGCAUCUAAGGAGAGACAAUUACAAGGGAGCACAACAAGUAGUCCUAGUGAAAUGGCACAGGGAAUCAGUGCAGGGAAAAUUGCUGAAGGAAGUGAUGCACAAUCUCUUCCUCUUCCCUCUGUUGCAACCAGACAGCAAACCCAAGUCAUCAAAGUUGUACCACAUAACCGGAAAUCUGCGACGGAAUCAGCAGCUAGGAUUUUUCAAUCCAUUCAAGAGGAGAGAAAACAACAUGUCUAGUUCUGUUUAUGGACAUGGAGCUGAGGUUGUACAGUUCGUCAAGUGACUGAAGUCCUGUACUGUGUUGUUGUUUCACAACAUGUAUCUUGCUAUUUUAUUCCACUUUUCGUUUUGGUUUUUGUUCUUACAGCAUAUUCGUAUGUAGAUAUUGUUAUAAUUAUAUGGAAUGCUAAAAUUGGUCAAAUGUAAUAUUAGUUGAUGGUAUCUCCGUGAAUAGAGUGACAUUUUCAUUUUGCUCA